CAGCCCAGAAUUAGGCUGACGGUUGUUUUUUGUUUCGGUUUCCUAAUUCAGGAGAUAAAAGGAGCUUCGGAAGUCAGAUGUGGGCAGACAGAGCUCAAACUGAACACAGAGAGGACGCCAACCUUUGAGUCACCAUCGAGACCGAAGAGACGCUGAACCACCGCUGACAUGAGUGCAAACACAAGAUAUCGAUCCAGACAUGCAUCCAACACGCAGACAGGACGAUUUCCUGGAAACCUCCGCCAGCCCAUGAGACGGGAUCAGAUCAGAGGGCGAAGAGCUGGGGACCUGGAAAUACUAACAGUCAAAACACGGCUGCUUAAGAUGAUUGUAUCUAACCUGCAGCCUUUGAGUAUCACAGAAGAUGCAAACUUUCUUGAAUUUGCAAAAGCAUUAAAGCCCGAUCAGCAAAUUCCUACCCAACCUAUGAUGCGUUCACUGCUUCUCAAGGUCUAUGAGAGUAAAAAAAAAAGAGCUACAAUGCACCUUGACCUCAGCUGAAGACAUCGUGUUGACAUGUGAGCUGUGGUCUUCAAGAUCUGAAGACUCCUAUCUAACCGUUGGGUGCCACUUCGUGGACAACCUUGGAAGUCUCAAGUCCUACAUACUCAAAACUACCAGCCUCUUUGGAGAUGAAUCCAUGCCCAACAUACUAAAUCAGCUCUUAGCCAUCACGGAAACUUGGAAUGUGACAGAUAAGGUUCAUAGUGUUGUCACAGCUGGCAUGCCACAGCUAAAAGGAAAUAAAACAAGAUGGACACACAUGCCCUGCUUUUCUGACGUCUUGAAUGCAGUAUUUAAGGAUGUGAUGAACAACGCUGAGCUGUCAUACAUUCUCAACAAGUGCUGCAACAUCAUCCAAUUCUUCAAGUAUGAUUCUGAAGCUGAGAAGAAGCUCACAGAGUUGCAAGGCAAGUUGCAAGGCAAAUUGCAAGCGAAUCAAGAGGAGCUGAUCAUGUGUUGUAGAGACAGAUGGCUCACUUGGCUGGACAUGCUUCAACGACUGGAUAAGCAGUACCGGUUCAUGGUGAUGGUGCUCAAUGAGAGGGGACAGACGGAUUUAAUUCUAAACGAAAAUGAAAAAAAGAAAAUCAAGAACUUCAUAUCAGCUCUAGAACCUCUGAAGAAAGCCAUUUCUACGAUGAAAGGCAAAGGAUUUGAGACCAUUUCGGUUAUGGUACCGGUGAUGAUGAAGCUCAUGGAUGCACUUGGACAAGAAGCAAAAAGAAAGAAUGAUGUUGCCAAAAUGUUACUGUCAAAAUACAAACAUGAAUUCGGCGAUGUCAACAACCACAAACUGGCUACCGUCACAUUCCUCGACCCAAGAUACAAAAAACAACUAACAGACGACAACAACCGCCUCGCAAUUAACAAGGUAAUGACGGAGCUCAGUGCAGGCAUAGCCUAUUCUACUGACAGGCUCAAAGUCCAACUGGACAAAUACAAGGCCUACCCACCCAAUGCAGAGCAGUCCAACCCUUUGGCGUGGUGGAGGCACACAGGAAAGGAGAAAUUCUUUGAAUUAAGCAAGCUUGCUGUGAAGAAACUUGGGGUCGUCUCGACUGCUGUGCCCUUAGAGAGAGCCUUCUCCAGAGACGGGGAUCAGUUCUGCAACCUGAGGAGCUCCAUCAAGCCAGAACACCUCAACAUGGUCCUAUUCCUCAACAGCAACUGGGCCAUACAAUCAUAGCCUGGACCUGAGUGAAGGAAGUGAUGGUGGACAUGACACCAAGAGCUCCAGGUCGUGACGGAGGAGGAGGAGGAGAGGACCCGGAAAACACGACUCCUGCAGUGGGGGCAGGGGCAGGGCGGAGACAGGGGCGGCCCCUGAGCCCUGCAGGUCCCUGGGGUGCUGCUUCCUGGGACCCUGAGUUUAAUGACUUUAAUGAGACUGUCAUUAUCGACGGGAUCUCCAUGGAAACGACGCGUCACGACACACAGAAGGGGGACGCUGGUCGGUAUAAAGAGGCGGCGGGACGCGGACUGUCCCUGAAGCUCACCGGACUCCAGCCUGUCUGCUGCAAAACCCCCGGAGCCAAACCCGGAUGAUCCACCUGAGUCCUCCGCUGCUGCUGCUGCUGCCUGCACCGGACCUGCCGCACGAAGCUGCGCAUCAAAUCAACACCUGCAACCGAGAUCCAAAUCCAUCCAUCAUGAUGAAACAUAGAACAACUCCAUAUGAGACCAACUACAAUGAUGGUUCCCGUCCUCGUGUUGUCCGUCGGAUCUUCACCAACAGUCGGGAACGUUGGCGGCAGCAGAAUGUCAACGGGGCGUUUGCUGAGCUGCGGCGUCUCAUCCCCACCCACCCGCCCGACAGGAAGCUGAGCAAGAACGAGAUCCUGCGCCUCGCCCUCAGGUACAUCAACUUUCUGGACCAGCUGCUAACAGAGCAGGACUUCAGGGUGGCCCCCCGAGGCAGGGCAGGGAGCCUGGAGGAUGAGGACGGGCUGCAGGGGACACUGUCCCCAAACUUCAGCUGCGAGAGUUCAGUGGAAGGAGACUCUGACAGCCUGGUGGGUGAUCAGAGUCACCUGCAGUACUUCCAGUACAGCUGAGCAGAUCCAGCAGAGACCAAGUUGACAUGGACACAUCCACAAGGACUGAACGUCCCAGAGUUGAAAACCCACCUGAUGUGAAUCGGGUUAGAGUGAUGCCAAUGGCACAUGGUAUAAAUCCAGGUUUAGGUGAUUUUUAUUUCAUUUAAAAGCCUGUUUUCUCUCAGUCAGUUAAUUCAGAUUCUUAGACACAAAUAUGAAACCUGAGACACUUCUGUGUUUAAAUAAGCUGAAACCUUCAUCAUUUUUUGGCAUUUCUUCUAUUAAAUGACUCCAAAUUUUCUGCAACCCAACUGAUUAACUCAAGGGUCAAGGUUGGAAGCAAGAGGCGUCAUGCAGCAGACAGAUUCAUUAUUGAUCCAGAUGGAUAAAGGAUCGCAGAAGCUGCCAGAGGUCACACUGCAGACAUAAGGACUGGUACUGACAUCUAUUUCAGAAUGUUGCUUCAUGUAAAGAUGUACAGAAAAGCACAUAGAUUAUGAUUUCAAAAACUAAAAGGUGACUAUAGACUGUAGAUCUCUCUGUCAGGCUGUGUGUUUUGUCCUUCUGUUUUUGUUCAUAGUGAAAUGAGCUACAAACUGCUACAAACAUGCAGAAACAACUGUACUGUCCUUUAAAAAUAACAUUGUUGUUGUGGACUGAGACUGAGAACAGCAAAGUCAUGUGAUAUUCACAUUUAUCAGCGUAGUCAUUGUUAAUGAAUUAUUAGACGUGUGUUUAAUGUGUUGAGGGGAAGGUGUGUUGUUUUUAUAUGUUAAUAUUAAGUUCUGCUGUCCAGCAGAAGAACCGGUAACCAUAUUCAGGUUCUUUCAUGUGAAAGGGACCUUUGGUGCUAUUAUUAUUUUAACUCACCUAAAAAAACAUUCUUUGUGAUGUUGGUUAGAAAAAUCUUUGUUGGUCACUGAUACUUUGACUUGUGAUGAUGCAAAGACCUUAUGUUGUAGUCUGUGAGAAUACAGAUGAAUAAAAUUUACACUUUAAA